AUGAUUCGAGAAGUAAACGAAGCUAGUGCACUCUCUGCUUUCUGUAUAGGCUUAACUCUUAAUUGUAUAUUAAUUUGGCUGAUUAUUCGAAAAAGUCCAAAAGAGAUGCGUGUUUUUAGUCAUAUUUUGAUGCAGACAUGCUGUGCCGAUUUAAUUAUGUUAACAAUAAAUUUGUUGGCACAACCGAUUUAUGCUUCUGAUGAGGGUGUUGGAAUUGUUGUUUUGAAUGGCCCAAUGCGCCAUUUAGGCACUCUUCCACAAAACUUGAUUUUGUUUAUUUGGGAUAAUUGCUUUUUCUUUUCCUUUUUUGGAUUUGCAGCACAAUUUAUUUAUCGUUAUUUAAUUUUAAAUAGAAAUAUAAACAUAUCAUCCACACAAUAUUUUAUUGCUUUAAUUUGUAUUUUAUUCCCAACCGAUUUCGUGCUAGCAUCGAUACUUUAUGUAGCUGGGUUGCCACAAGUCGGGAAAGAUAAGUGUUGCUCUAAUCCAAUGAUAUUACAAUUAUUGGAAUGGGAUAAUGGAGAUGAAAUUCAAUUGGCACAGAGCGCUGGAGGAUUUUAUUCAAUUGCUUGGAUUGUUGUCUCGAUUUUUAUUACCACAGCUUAUUCAACUAUUUUCUGCUGUGCUUAUGCUAUUCGCCGAUUUGUGAAGGAACAUAUAAAAAAUACAAAAACUAAAUCCCUUUUACCACUUCUUGCAAUUGUACCUGUAUGGACAACAUUAAUUUCUUCAUUAUUUAACGUUAAUUUUUCUAAUGUAGAUUCUGUGCCUUUACAAGUUGUAAGUCGAACUUUAAAUGUCUUAAAAUAUUCCAUUUCUCUAAAAUAG